AUGCCCAGCGUCAAACGAUCCGCCUCGGAAGACUCGCUCGAACCUCAUACUCCCCCACCUUCCUCCCCUACCCACCCCACGCCUGCCGUCAAAGGCGAAGGCGAAUGGACUCCAGAGAAGAAGGAAGCGAUCGCACAGGAAAUUAUCCUCGCCGGUAUCAAGGCAAUCGAUACUACCGCGGUGGCAGCCAAAUACGACCUCACCCGGACUCAAUUGGCCAACGCUUUAACUCCAGGCCGUUCCAAUCUACGGCUCAAGCUCAUCAAAGCCGCUCGCGACUGUUAG